AAACCAGAUUAUUGCAGAGUCCAGUCAAAAAUGAGAGAAACCAUAGAAGCAGAAGCGCUUGGAGGUCGAAACGAACUGGUCCACGAUGUCUGCGGUGUAUCCCACUGUCCUGCUGUGUGUGCACGGCUUCUUCUCCAGCCUGCGGCCGUCGGAACCUUUCCUCACCGCUUACCUUAUGGGACCGGACAAGAACCUGACGAAGACCCAGGUUGUCAAUGAAAUCUAUCCCAUAUGGACAUAUUCCUACCUCGCCCUGUUGCUCCCCAUCUUCCUGGCUACAGACUACCUCUGCUACAAGCCGGUGUUGGUACUGCAGGCCUGCAGCCUGGUACUGACCUACGCCAUGCUCUGGAAGGCCCAUGGCAUGCUGGCCAUGCAGCUGCUGGAGUUUUUCUUUGGGUUGGCCACAGCAACAGAGGUUGCCUACUACUCCUACAUCUACAGCGUGGUGGAGCCAGAGCUCUACCAGAGAGUGACCAGUUACUGCCGCAGUGUCACGUUGUUCGGUUCGGCCGCCGGGUCGCUCCUCGGUCAGCUCCUGCUGUCGUUGGCCAAAGUGGAGCUGGUGCACCUCGUUAUCAUUACGCUGGCGUCAGCCACCGUGGCCUUCGUUGCCCCCUGGUUCCUCCCCAUGCCCAAGAGGAGUUUGUUUUUCCACAUGAGUCCAGGAGUAGUCGAGGAACCUGCAGCUGGCUCCAGUCCCAGCCCUGAUAAGGUAGAGGAUUCAGAAAGCAGAGCACCCAUGAUAUCCAGGUCAUCCGAAGCAGGAGGUGGCAGCAGUGGGCUUGUGCAGGUGUUAUGGAUGCUUUUCCAUGACUUCCUGCAGUGCUACAGGUGUCGCACCCUGCUGGCAUGGUCGGUGUGGUGGGCCCUGGCCACAUGUGGCUACUUCCAGAUCAUCAACUACGCUCAGGCACUGUGGGAGAUAUUCCAUUCAUCCCAACACCAUGAAAUCUACAACGGCUACGUAGAGACGUUGUCCACGCUGCUUGGCGCUCUGGCUGCUCUGCUGGUGGGCUGCCUCCCAGUGGACUGGACUCACUGGGGAGAACUGCUUCUGUGGGUCCUCUCCCUCCUCAUGGCCGCCUGCGUUUUCAUCAUGACCAUGCUGAAGAACAUCUGGGUGAGCUACAGCUCCUACAUCAUCUUCAGGACCAUCUACAUGCUUCUCAUCACCGUGGCAACGUACCAGAUAGCGGCCAGCCUCAGCAUGCAGAGAUACGCUCUGGUGUUUGGAGUCAACACGUUCGGUGCCCUGCUGCUCUGGACUCUGAUCACUGUGGUCGUGGUGGACUCAGCUGGACUCGGCCUUGACGUUGUCACUCAGUUUUUAAUCUACGGCGGCUACUUCGCAGUCAUCUCGGUGGUCUUCCUCCUGGCCGGCCUCUACAGAGUCUUCUCCUCCAGGCGGACCAUGCAGGAAGUCAGUGGAGAGUCCAGCCCUCCUCCAAACAGUGCCGUGACACAGUGAAUGAUUCACCUUAAAGCUUUGAGUGGACAUUGAAUCACUUUUUUGGAACAAACUGAAUGGGGGCUUUUCAUGAUGUCAUCAUAUUCUGAAGCGGGCUGGACCUGAACUUCUUGUGUGGUGGAGCCAACUUGGAUCAUUAACACCAAAGUAUUAAUGAUCCAAGUUUUCCUCUGAGCCAAGUAAUUUCAGGUCUGAGUGAUACAGACCUGAAACUUAACCACAGAAGUCAGUGGGUUUGUUUUCAAUAGAAAUAAAAGCAACUAUAUUAAGUGUUUUUAUAUAUACUCAGGUUUUUUGCCCUCAACAAAAUGCAAUACAGUGGACUCCCACUUAUUACUGAUUCAGUAUUUGCAGAUUUUCAGUGGAAUGUAACACCAACAUUUAUUGUUUAAACUAUUAAAAUACAGUUAGAAGUGUUUUUAGAGGAGACACUCUGAUUUUGCACUCUAUCUUAAUUUCUAAAUGUGAGAUAUUCCUUGAUGCCUUUAUAGAAACAAGGAUGGCAAGUCAAACCUCUAAACAAACCAUUUUUUAACCAUAGUUAUUAGAAAGUUUUGGAAAAGCUUAGUUUUCCAAAACUUUCUGCCUCCUGUGGGUGCUAAUGCCUGGAACUGUUUAAAGUCGGUUAAUUUCCUGACCACUUUGGGAGUUUAUAAAGCUGCUUAACUCAGCUGGAUGACGCAUAUGAUGACAUAAUGAACAGCAACCAAUAGUUAUUUAGCUUCUGCAGCUCUGUGCAGUGUUUAUAGCAAUUUUGUGACCUCUACUGUUACAGAUGGGAGAAUGAAUGGGAUGGCUAAAACAAGAUUCAGGUGAUGUCUCUAAAACAUGCUGAAUUAGGAGCUGUUAUCACCUGACAAACUCAAAUCUGAAUAGCUUUAAUUAAUUUUCUUCAUGUCUAUCAACUGAAAUGGUUAAAAACUAAAUAUUUAAUGUCUUUAUGUUUUCUGUGAUUGAUCCUUGUCAAAUUAUUGUAUUUAUCAUAUUUAUAAAUAACUAGUAUGUUUACAUAUUUUUAUUUUUUAACUUUUACCCUGUUGAUGACGCACAGGUUUGUCAUAAACAUGGUUAAAGAAGAGAAACGUACAAUUUUUAAGGUGGUACUUGGGAGCAGUUCACUAUUUGGAAAACAUUUUUAUAUAACUAUGUUUACAUUUUGUCUUGUAAGGUACAAUUUAACAAGGUGCACAUUUUGGUGAUUAUGUGGAAUAUAUAAUAUGAAAUAUUUCACAUGUCUUUGGGAGUUUAGAAAAUAUCCUUAAGUUAUAGAAUGAACCCCGCAAAAAUGACCAGCCAAAAAAACAAAUGUGUAUUGCACUGGCAUAUGGGAUAAGUUAAUUCAAUCAAAGCAGUCGGUGUGACUGCAGUCUGUUACUCAGAUUAUGAGAUUAUAAAAUUUGUCACCGUUGCUUAUCAAAUAGGAGCAUCUCAGGAGUCUCAGUUCUAAAUGUUAAAAUUUCUUGAAUUACAGCAUGUUGUAGAAACGCAUCAUCAGAACCUUAUUUUAUCCUAUUCAUACAUAAUGCAGUCAUUAGGAGUAAAGUGUGCAUAAAAUGCACUGAGCAUAUUAUAGCUAUGGAUUAGAUUACCAUAGACGGUAGAUAUCAACUGUCCUAGAUUACAUUUAAUACAUAAAAAAAUACUGUCUGAUCUAAUGCUUCCUGCUGUUAAAAAUUCAUGUUUUAGAUAAAUUAAGGUUGGCACAAUAUGACAGAAAAACAUUAUCUAGUGUUUAUGGCCUGUAAUAGAAACCAAAUUAACUACAGUACCAUAUUAAGUGUUCUACCAUUUGUUACCAGCCAAAAUUAAUUAAUAUGACUGUAAAUGUGUUUUUUUUUCUUUUUCUAUGAGUCUGUAGACUGUAAUGCACUAAUUAACAAAGAUGUAUACUUCCAUGUUGGAAGUAGUGGUACUGAGACGCACAAUUACUGUUGGCAGGUUUUCACUGAACACUACAUUGUGAAACUUGAAAUGAUCCCCUGCUCCUUUGUCAUUUGUUGUUUAAGUACCUUAAAAAUUUUAGCUGCUUUUAGUUUUUGUUUAGUUGAUGACAAAUUGCACUGAAAAGCUGCUUUAAAAUACAUCAGUGAAGAUAAAUGUUCAGUAAGGAGAA